AUGAAUCGCCGUUGCGACGACGACCCAGACGACAGUGGCAACGAAGAAGAACAACUUGCUCUGGCUCCGAGCCGGCCAAGCAAGAGGCAGAAGAAACUGCUCAUCAGUGCUAACGAUCUUCUGAUUCUUCCCACCAAACUCUGUGACUGGCUCCGCCACAAAUUCGUCCGCCCUCUUCUCUUCACGCCCCCUUCUCCCUUCCCGGCUCCUUCUUCUUCUUCUUCUUCUUCUUCUUCUUCUUCUUCUUCUUCUUCUUCCUUGGAUUUGAUUCCUUUCAACACCAGCAGCAGCAGCAGCGCAUCUGGUUCCGGAUUGAGCAAAUACGACGUCUUCAUCAGCUUUAGAGGAGCCGAUGUGCGGAACUCCUUCCUCAGCCACCUCUACUACCACCUGAAUGAUUUACGGAAAUUGGCGGUCUACAAAGAUGUGAAUCUGGAGAGAGGGGAGCCGAUCUCGCCGUCGCUCUUGCUGGCAAUUCGGAGAUCCGACGUCUAUGUUGUGAUUCUCUCCCCCAAAUACACCGAUUCGCCGUGGUGCUUGGAGGAGCUCGAGGAGAUUCUCCGGUGUAUGAAGCAGCACGGACGGAGGGUUAUACCGGUUUUCUACGGGGUCGAUCCUUCUGAGGUUGAAAACCAGAAGCUGCCCUCUUCUAUUGCUGGGAGAAUUCGAAGCUGGAGAUCUGUAUUGAGUGAGAUAGCCAAUCUCUCCGGAUUCGAUUCUCAGGUCAUCAGACCUGAAACUAAACUCAUCGAGGAAAUCGGCAGAGCUGUAUUCCAGGCAAUACGCUACAGCUGCAGCCAGAUGGUAAACUUUUCAGCAUAUUCAGCUAGCAGAGGUUUGGUUGGAGUAGAGAGGCAAAUUGAACAAUUACAAGCCUUGUUGUGCUCCGAGGAGAGGAGUAAUUGGACGAUUGGGCUCUGGGGAAUGGGUGGCAUUGGCAAGACUACUCUUGCUAAGGCUUUCUUCGACGUAUUCUCAUCUCAAUUCGAAGCUUCCUACUUCUUCAGUAAUUUUACGGAAACCAUCGCUGGUGGGUCUCUACAGCCAUUUUGUAAUUUGCAAAAUCACUUGUUUUUGAAGUUAUUGGGCGAUGAGAAUGGCAGAGCUGGUGGAACAGUAUGCUAUGAUAUGAUGCUUCGCCGUCUUGGUCGUAUGAAGGCUUUGAUCGUGAUCGAUGAUGCAGGUAACGAUGUGGGUAACAUUGGGCCACUGAAGGAUCUGUUAAAUGGACAGUACUGCCAUUUAUUUGGUACUGGGAGUGUAAUCAUCAUGACAAGUAGGAACAAACAACUUCUUAAGAGUGUUUGCGAUCAUGUAUAUGAAGUUAAAGGUCUGUGCGAUGAAGAAGGGUCUCGACUUUUCCUCUUGCAUGCCUUCAGACAAGAAAGUGUCCAAACUGAAUAUCUGGAGAUGAUCCGGAGAGCAGUGGAUUACGUGGGUGGAAAUCCAUUAGCAAUCACUGUCUUGGGCGCACACUUAUUUGGUCGGGACCUCCAAUUUUGGGAUCGUGAGUUAGAUGCUUUGGAAAAUAAUCCAAACUCAGUAGUGCAGAGUGUUUUGAGAAGGAGUUAUGAUGGAUUGAGCCCGGGAGAGAAAGACAUAUUCCUUUGUCUUGCAUGCUUUGCUCCUUGGCAAGGUUACUAUCGAGAGAGAAUUGAGGAAUUAAUGGGUUUAGAAGGUGGAGGAGUCAACCUCAUCACUAACCUUGUCGAUAAGUCUCUUAUUAUAAGCAUUGAUGGCGAACUAAGUAUGAAUCGUCUGCUACAAGACCUUGGUCGCAAUAUCGUCAAUGAAGAACGGCUAAUUGAAAAACGUUCAUGGUUGUGGAGAUUUCAAGAUAUUCUUUAUCUAUUCCGAGAGAACAAGGGGACUGAAUCCACCGAAGGUAUCUUCUUGGACUACCAAAUCGAAUGCAGUGAACAUUCCUUACAAUUGCAACCCGACACUUUUGAGAAGAUGACGAGACUUCGAUUCCUCCUGAUUGGUCAUCACAACAUGGUUCUGUCAGAAAAUGGGUUGAAAUAUCUACCAAACACGUUGAGAAUACUUUAUUGGCAUUGGUUUACUUCUAAAUGUUUGCCUUCUCAAUUUUCUGCUGAAAAUCUUAUCGAACUUAAGUUGUCAUAUAGUCUAAUUGAACAACUUUGGGAAGGUGACGAACUUAAUGCGGAUUUGAGGAAUUUGAAAAUCCUCCAUCUUGGCGGAUCGAAGAGACUGAAACAGUUGCCUAAUCUCUCCAAGGCUAAAAAACUCAAAAAAAUUGAUCUUUCUUCCUGUGAGAGUUUAGUGGAGCUUCCCUCCUCAAUUUUGGAUCUCCCGAAGUUGGAGUCUCUCUAUUUGUGGGGUUGCAGGAGACUAAAGUUAGAUAACUUGGAAGACUAUGCAAACUGCAACGGAGGACAAAGUACUGGUCAUCAUGACAUUUUACCCAGCCUGAGAAAGUUGGAUCUAAGCUUCACACCAAUCCAGAAUGUUCCAAAUUUUAUCACCCGCUUGCAUAUAUUGGAACUCCGAUGCAAUGGCUGCUCUAAGUUGACUGAAUUUCCAGUCGUCCCAAGCCUGGAGAGGUUAGAGUUGACUGGUAGUUUGAUCGAAGAGGUGGUUGAGUUGGAGAAGUUUACAGAGCUGAAGCACCUCGAUCUUUCGGGAAACAAGCAACUUGUUCUCAUCUCUGGUGACUUCUGUAAGUUGAAUUCUCUCGAAAAUAUUCAACUGUAUGUUAGUAGCAAGCUCUCUAGCAUUGAGAGCUUUAUUGAAUUCUCACUGGAAAGAUUAGUGCCUAAGUUAAGCCUCAAUGGUUGCAAGAGUCUAGCAACCCUUCCUGACAGCAUUGGUAAUCUAAUGCAUCUGAAAAGUCUUGAUCUAAGUAGCACAUCUAUGAAAGAGCUGCCAUCAUCCAUUGGAGAUCUCAUCCGACUAUCUGAACUGAUCCUCGGGGGUUGUAAGAGCCUAGCAUGCCUCCCCGACACCAUCCACAAACUAACCAAAUUGAAUAAACUCGUUCUGUUUGGUUGUGAUCAACUAACGCAUCUGCCAGACCUUCCUUCAUCCUUGCAAGAAUUGGAUGCACAUGGAUGCAAGUCACUUCGAGCUCUGUCAAUUGGAUGCACAUGGAUGCAAGUCACUUCGAGCUCUGUCAAGAAACACUACUUCUCAAAUAUACGUUGGUGUUUUAGCCAGUGUUGGAAGUUGGAUCCAGUAGUAUGCAACAAGCUUGUGGAUAAGUUCACAAAGGAUUCUGUUCGAGCUAGGCUCUAUAGGUGCCCGAGCCUCUUACUCCCUGCAAACUGGGGCAGUGAAAGUGGUGGUGAAGAAGGAAACAAAAAGGGACCUAAAAAUGGUAAUAAUAACAACACGGUAGUGACAGCAAAGCUGCGCGGACAACCAUGGAUGUUGAAGUCGUUGAUUUUCUGCGUGCUGCUCAACUCCCUUGAACCGCUCAACUUCCUUGAUACACUUUUUUAUAAGGUAUACUACCAGUUCCGUGUUCAGUGCAUGAUGCUCAACAAUAAAGAAAGUGAUGGAGCUGAAGUUGUAGUGAGCGAAUACGUUUGGGAACCUUUCCCAAAAUACGAAGAUCAGAAAGAGGAGCGUCUCUUGAAUGGUCACUUCUUAGUAUGGUGUACUCCUGAACCACCUGGCACUAGGGAAAAUACGGAUGACUCUUCUACCGUUGAAUUCUUCUUUCGCGGCUCGUACUCUACACCUUUUAGACGCUCAGAGUGGCAUGAGAUACCCGACUUGAUCAAGAAUUGUCAGGUUAUUCCGAUUUACAAUGACAGAUUAUUCACAAACGAAGAUGGGGAAGAAGAAACAUAUGAUGAUGAUGACGACGACGGUGAAUGUCCAAAUCACCUCCAGGGAUUAUAUGAUCAGUUGUGUGGUCGCCCACCACCGGUGAAGCACUUUACAGAGGUAAAUGAAACCUUUACUUCAUCACCUAAUUGCUGCUAGUCGAAUUUUAGUUCUUUUUUCUCUUAUGUUUAAAACGCUAACUUCUGAGCUUCCCGACGUAUGCUCCUCCUUCCUUGAUUGGUCAAAUAACAGCAUGGCUAGAGGUGGCAAAUGGAUUGGAUUGGUGGAUUGGAUUGGUGGAUCCAUGGAUCAAAUGGAUUAGAUCUAAUGGAUUGGUGGAUUCAUGGAUUGGAUCAAGUGGAUUGGUGGAUUAUCCAUGAAUCCAAAUGACACCCUCAACCAAAGACCAAUAUGUAAAAAUAUGAAAAGUUUAGGUACUAAAUGUCACAAUAAAAAAUUUCAGGAGACAUGAAACUACGAGUCAAAUGCAAACUGCAUCGACAGAAAAGGAUAGGUGCUUAGCAGCAUAAGAGUCGCUGAUCCUUGCCACUGGGAACCCACGGAUGUGCUGAUGUUAGUCUCCAAUAUUCUUUUUGCUUGGACUGACUGCUUUCUCCUAUCGCGAUUUAUCCCGGCUUUAAUGUUCACUUUUUAUAGAAUUUCUCUCGGGGGUUUGAUCCACUUCUGGUUGUAGCUUACUGGAACAUGCAGUUUCUGAUAUGAUUCAGUAACUGUUGGAUGAUCUGUGGUAUGUUGCUGAGCCCGAACUGAAUGCAGCAUCCGUAUGAAAGUGUUGUAAUCUCCAGGCCAUGAUUUAGCGAAGGUUAUCAGACUCGAUAGUAUCUCAGAUUUUUCUUUUCUUUUCUCUAUAUUAGAAAAUUUCUCUAAAUUGAGAUUUUGCGACUUGGAAUAUUUUUCGUGCACCUGUACAAGUUGCUGGAUAAAGCACCAAUUUGGUACUAUUUUACACUUUCGAUUCCAU